GAGAGAGAGAGAGGGGAGGCACAGGGAGGGGAAAAGGCAAAGAGAGAGGUGUCUACAGGCUGCAUCUCCAACUGAAACAUUUGGACAAAAAGGGGGAGACAGAGGAAGAGCUGAAUGGUAGCUACACCCUGCGCCUGGAAGCGUAGAGACACUGUCACAAAGGCUGGCAAUUCUGGGUUUUUUUUUCCUUUUUUUGGGGGCAAUAACAAAGAGGUGGGAGAGGGGUUUGUGAAAUCGAGGGAAAUAGCAAAGAAAGAGGCAGUUUUCAGGGGGACUUCUGCUUCAUUUCAUCCGAAAAGACUCAUCCCUUUUACCAUCAUCAGCAUGACCAUAAGCUAUAAGUAACAUUCGGCAAUAACGCUAUCCAAAACGAGAUUUCCUGCAACUAGACGCGCGCAAUCUUAUUUUGAUUUAUUUUACAAAAGCAGAAAAAGAAAAAAAUAUAUAUCGGAGGGAGAAACCAAAACAAAAAGAUCAUCUGAAUGCCUGCGAGAAACUGGAUACUCUCUGAAAUCAUAAGAAAGAGCGAUCUGACAAAGAAAACUACCUUUUGAUUGAUCUUUUAAAGCUUGAUGUGCGUGUUUCUGCGCGCACUCGAAACGAACCUGAACCAAAAGCAAACUCCUCAGACUCCUCCCUCCUCCUCCACCUCCUCCCUUCGGUUUCUCUCAUCCUCUCCCUCCCCCCCGGUCCUCUAUGCUCAGUUCGGUGUGUGUAUCCUCUUUCAAAGGGCGCAAGGGUGGGAACAAGUCGUCCAACAAAGCAUGUUACAGCGCAGACAUGACUUGUCCGUCGGAAAGCGAGAAAAUCGUGAUAAACUGCGGGGGGGUGCGGCAUGAGACCUACCGGAGCACCCUAAAAACGUUGCCCGGUACCCGCCUGUCGUGGCUCACCGAGCCGGACGCGUUCAGCAACUUCGACUACGACCCCAAAUUAGACGAGUUCUUCUUCGACCGCCACCCGUCGGUGUUUUCCUUCAUCCUCAACUAUUACCGCACCGGGAAGUUGCACUGUCCCAACGAUGUGUGCGGCCCCCUGUUCGAAGAGGAGCUGGCCUUCUGGGGCAUCGAUGAGACGGACGUGGAGGCGUGUUGCUGGAUGAAUUACCGGCAGCAUCGGGAUGCGGAGGAGGCGCUGGACAGCUUCGAGACUCCGGAGCCGGACGCGCCGGACGACGACCCGGCGCUGGGCGGCGCGGACGGGGACUUGAAAAGACUGUGCAUGCAGGAGGACGCCAGGAAAGCGGGCUGGUGGAAAACCUGGCAACCCAAAAUAUGGGCACUGUUCGAAGACCCCUAUUCCUCCAAAUACGCUCGGUAUGUGGCAUUCGGCUCCCUAUUCUUCAUCCUCAUCUCCAUCUCCACUUUCUGCAUGGAGACGCACGAGGCCUUCAACACCAUCCUCAACAAGACAGAGAACGUCACGGUGGGCAACGUGACCCGUGAGGAGAUCGUAUAUGAGGUGGUGACCGACAGCUGGUUGACGUAUGUGGAGGGCGUCUGCGUCAUCUGGUUCACCAUUGAGGUCUUGCUGCGAGUCACCUUCUGCCCAGACAAGCUUGAAUUCUUCAAAAGUACCCUCAACAUCAUCGACUUUGUCGCCAUCCUGCCCUUCUACCUGGAGGUUGGCCUGAGCGGUCUGUCCUCCAAAGCUGCCAAGGAUGUCCUGGGGUUCCUCCGUGUUGUCCGAUUCGUCCGUAUCCUCCGAAUCUUCAAGCUCACUCGCCACUUCGUGGGUCUCCGUGUCCUCGGCCACACCCUUCGCGCCAGCACCAACGAAUUCCUUCUGCUCAUCAUCUUCUUAGCUCUCGGCGUCCUCAUCUUCGCCACUAUGAUCUAUUAUGCUGAACGAAUUGGCGCAGACCCAGAUGACCCGACUGCCAGCGCUCACACCAACUUCAAGAACAUCCCCAUUGGGUUUUGGUGGGCCGUGGUGACCAUGACCACGCUGGGUUAUGGAGACAUGUACCCGGAGACGUGGUCGGGGAUGCUGGUGGGUGCGCUGUGUGCCUUGGCUGGUGUGCUGACCAUUGCUAUGCCUGUACCUGUCAUUGUCAACAACUUCGGCAUGUACUACUCUCUGGCCAUGGCCAAACAAAAGCUGCCCAAAAAGAAGAACAAACACAUCCCCCGAGCGCCACAACCAGGGUCCCCCAACUACUGCAAGCCAGAUGCCCUAGCAAUGGCGACCGCAUCACCGCAGAGGAUCUUGGGAAAUGUCUUAGGUGGAGUGAUGGGGUCUGGAGGCAUAGGGGGUGACUGUCCUCUCGCCCAAGAAGAAAUAAUAGAGAUCAACAGAGAUUCCAAGCAGAACGGUGAUGCAGCCUCGGCCGCCUUGGCUAACGAGGACUGCCCCACCAUCGACCAGGUGCUGAGCCCAGACGAGAGGAGCCCCAUCGGGCGGGGGCCGACCCGGGAACGCUACCAGCAGGACCGAGCCUGCUUCCUACUGAACACCAGGGAAUUCCGUGCCACAGAUGGGAAUGUGCGGAAAGGUUGUGUCAUAUCACGCGUGUCAACGAGCUAUGAGAAAUCUCGCAGUCUAAGUAACAUAUCGGGAAUGGCUGGGUCAUCACUGCGGCUCGCUCCAAUCACUAGCCCCCCCUUUGAGACCUAUGAGGCCCCAGGACCACUGCGCCGCUGUCGCUCCCCCAUCCCCUCAAUUUUGUAGCCGAAAGGAAACGUGCAUGAUUGGAUGAUGAGGGAUGCAGUGGAUUAGCGAUGGACCGAUCACAUUGAAGCCUCCGUUUGCAUUGUACACGGUGCAAAAACAAUAGCAAUAACAUAAAAUGAACUUGAAUGUAGAAAGAAUGACCUCUCGUCUUGUGAAUUCAACCGUUUAAGAUGCAUGCGUCGGGUUAGGGGAUGGGGUUAAAUACAGAAUUUAGCUUUAAAGAUACACUGUUGUUUUAAUUUAUUAGAAGAAAUAUUAAAAAAAAAUUAAAAAACAGUAUCACGGGUAAAAAACUAUAUAUAUAAAAACAUGUACACAGUUGAAUUUUAAUACUUUAAAUGUGUAAAUGGACAUCAAGUUUUGUGUGUUCUGGAUCAAACAAGCUCACAGAGAAACAACCAUGAAACAAGAUCCUUCAGUUCAUUUAGCCAAAGACAAAAAUCCAUUUAUAGAUUAGAUUGAUGUUAAACAGGUUUCUACUUUAUGUCAUUUUGUGAAUAAUAAUGUAUGUACAGAGUAGAUAUCAUUUUGGUAAAUCUCUUUAAAAAAACAAAAAAACAGACUCAGUCUCUGUGAGUCUCAGUGUUGAAACUUUAUUUCGUAUCCUGUUGUGUGACACUGUUGGACACUUUAUGUUGAUAGUUCACACAGAAAAACUACGCAAUUUAAAAAAAACUUCGUGUAAAUUAAAAAUAUAAAACAUAUAAAAGUAUUUUCCUGUAAGAGCUGACAUGCCUCUCUUUCAUUGAAUCACUGUUAGGAUUCCAUAUAUGCAACUGUUACCUUAUAGUGUACAGUUAAAGGUCUAUUCAGUCAUUACUACAUUUAAAAACAUUUUUGGUAGCUAGCACAUUAUUAUUAUAUUUAUCAUGAUUAUCUGGAAUUGUGUCAAUCGAUAUUCUAAAACAAAACUAUUUGUUUCAUGAAAUGCCUGGAAGAAUAUUAAAAUUCUAACCAAACAUUUGUUGUUUUCGUACCAUGCAGGCUGUCAUGGUAAAAUACACACCGUGACAACUGUGCUUAGUCAUUGUAAGGACAAAGAUUCAGUUUCACAACAUUACAUCUGGACAUUACAGGUGGCAAGAUGAAGGUCAUGUGAUCAGUGGAGGUAGCCGAGCUUGCCUUGGGUUAUUAACUGUUUCCAGUAAGCUAAUAAACCGCAAGAUACUGAUUUCUUUGGACAACAUCCAGGAUUGCAUUCAUUUGUUUACCUGCAUUCCUUAGUGCUGGUUGUUACGAGUGAGAUAAUGUUAUACAAUAGCAAUAAGGUACCUUGUAAGUUGGACUUUUCACCUUUUUUUUUAUUCGAUAGUGAAAGUGACGAGAGCUGAGACAUAGAUAGAGAGAACAGGGAAGUGACAUGGAAUCACCUGUGUGGUCUGCAUGGUGAGCCUUUUUAAUAUUAAAUAGCUGAGUUUGACAUUAAAGAUAUCAAAAUCUUCUUCUUAACUAGCUGUAAUUACAGUGACUAGUCCUUAUUUUUAUUCACAAUAUCUAUGACGUCAUUCUGACUAGUCAAAACGACCGUUAGAGAUAUCCGUAAUUCAGUUUUGACUUGUCAAAAUAAAAGCUACAGAAAUCUUAAAUAGCAUUUUUGGAGAUGGUAAUUAAAGAGAACGAACAUGCACGUCAGAAAAUGUAUUGUAGAUAAGCUGUAAUACUGGGUUGCCUCACCAGGUGGUGCCUCUUACUAUUUAAUACUGUAACAAUGAGAGGAGGUGGUCACUUGUAGUCCCGUGUUACUUAGCAUUGUGGCUUAGUUUAGCUAGUAAAUUGGCACCAUGACAAAGUCUCUUGUGACACUUAAUGGGGUCAUUCCUGAAUUGGAGGACAUUUGGGCUUCAAAAUUUUUGAAAAAUAAACCUUUUUUACAAUUUUCUUCUACAUAUUCAUCAAUAAUAGGUAAUAAACUAUAAAAGGCUUGAUUGGCUCAGUUUACACAUCAAUGGAACCAUUUUUAUUCCAUAUUUUAUUUGUUGUUUGCUAACCUUAUUCUAAUCACAGUAACGGGGUUGCUAAUCCAUGCUAAUGUUCGCUUUUUCUCAGGAGUAGAAGUUAAAUAUUCACCUAGCUGUUCCUGCUGACCAUGAGGACAAACUGACUGAUGGAAAACAGUAAAGAAAAACGCAAAAAGAAUUUGCCUUAUCCUGAUAAUAAGAGGAAGAGUGAGACAUUCAAUCAAGGCUGACAGUGUUAUGAAAAUGUGAAAAAUAGAAGAGAGGACAUAGUUUUGCUCUACCAACUCUUUUGGAAAACUGUUUGAUGAUGUUAAUUCCAGUAUAUCAUGUGAUUCACUGUUUUUUUUUCUUCUACCAGCUAAAAAGGUUAUGCUUACACAGUUAUGGGAUACACGUUCCAUGCAUAGUAAUUAUUACUUAAAAUAUUAUGUUGAUUAAAAAAUGUUUUCAUACAAUUACAAGAGACAUCAAUGAAAAAAAAAUACCAAAAAAGGAGAUUUAAAUUUCAUUUUAACAGUUUUAUUUGAGAUUCAAUUUGAUCAUCAGGGGGGUGGGAAAAGAGAAAAACUGCAUUUUAGGGGGAACUCCAGACUUACUUGAUAUUUUAGAAAUUUUUUCAAACGUUCUUUUCUCCUAGUGUUUUUUUUUUUUAGAUUUGGGCUCAAGACAAAUAAAAUUAAACAACAACUGCAUGUUUUAGUAUUUUGUUCAUGGAUUAUUUGAAUUUUAAUGGGUGGGACGUAAAAUGUCCUCCAGUUCUGGAAUGACUCUAGUGCCUACCAGCCAGAGCUCUUAGUAUUAUGGGAAAACUAAAGUGCACUAUGGCAGCAUCAUUAUAGGAGAGUGACCACAUCCAAAGCAGUUUCAUCAGGACAUGUAAUAAUGUACACAGAGUUUAUUUCAUGUUAUCGAUUAAGCCAUUUUUGAUUUAUAACUUCGGUUGCUAUUUUUGUUCUGGCAGCUCAAGACUUCACCAGUAGAAUUGCUGGGUUAGCAACAUGCUAACCGUGUUUUGUUGGUGAAAUAGAUUAUUAGUUUUUCAUAUCUUUAGUUCACAUUUUGUUUUUGAUGUAGUAAAUGACUGAGUGGACCUUUUGAGGAGAUCCUGAUUAGGACAAACAUGUAAAUUAAAGUUGUACUUGUAGGCCGAGAAUUUUUGAGGACAUCUAAGUGCAAUGUUUUUAGGAGGCAACUCAAAAAUGAACACAGAAAUUAAAUGUAACAGAUGUACACAGUCAGAUGUGGAUAACUGCAAUAUGAUAAUUAAUAAUAUAAGUACGAAUAAAAGCACUUUACUAACAAUCAAUUGUAACAAUAAUUUAUUAACCUUCAAAGCUUGUUGGCUUAAGAUAUGGAUUAUAUAACAAAAGUAGACUGAAGCCAUGAGAUCACUUCAUUAAACGUGUCUAUUAAUUAUGUCUAAAUAUCUGUUUCACUUCUUCACUCUUUAUGUUUCUUUUAAUUAUUUUUUCCCCAUAUUUAUUUAGUUUAAAUGUUUAUCUAAAAAAUACAAAUUUAAACCAUCAAAUGAAUCUGUUGGUUCAUCUUUGGGAAAAAAAAUAUGAAAGUGAUUUAAAUGUGAUAUUUCUCUCAAUAACUUCAAAUCAACAAAUCUCUUUUAAGCAAGUUAGGGCUUUUAUUUUUGUAAUUGCGGUCGCCACAUUGCCAUGCCUGUAUGUAAAUAGGUCUUCUGUUAAAAGUUGAGCAAAAAAGAUUUAAAAAAUUAUCUUACAUUCACAUAUGCAAUAAACAUGCAAUAUUACUUUACUGCUGGAAGACAUGCUGUGCACAUACAUAUGUAAAUAUGCAGAUCUAUUUUUAAUCUUUAAAAUGCACAGACUUAGCGGGCGGUCGACUUAUUGUCUUUGAUUUCGUUGUUCCAGUUCUGAGUGUACAAAGUUGCUCUGAAGACAUGAGCCAAUUGUCUGGUUUUAUUUCCAGCCAGUGUAGAUUCGUUCGAUUUUUUUGAUGUUGUGACUGCCAUUUUUUAAUUGUUUCGGUUUUGUAACGGUUUUCUAUUUUCUUCACUUGUACUGGUUCAUGUGUAUUUCAUUGUGAAGAAUGACUUUUCUGUACCGUUGUUUGUCUACGAUGACAUUUCUUGAAAAAAAUACAAUGUGUUAAACUGUUCUUAGGAUCUUUAAGUAAAAAAAUAAUGUAAUAAGACUGAAAUCAAGAGGAAAAACGAAGUGCUAAGUGAGGAUUUUCUGCAAGUGUAAAGGGAGAUUAUUUCCACACUUGUUUAAAGUCAGGUCCUGAUAUUCUGUUGUGAUCUUUGGUCCUGAAUACCAUUUUGUCUAAAAAUCAACGUGCUUCCAGACCCCUUAACUUAGAUAUGUAGUAUUUAGAUGAAUGCUAUGACACCACUUGAAUCAGUGUGUGAACUACAAAGUGGCAUUGGGGGAUCAGAAAUGACAGAAACAACAUUUACAAAUGACUUGAUAUAGGUUUUAUUUUUCAUUUUUCCUAUGAAUAUGGACGAUAAGAACAAGAAAUCAGAUGAAAAGUCACCUCUCCUGUUUGACUAACAUGAAGAGCUAUUGUUUUGCUUUAUGGUGGUUCAAGAAAGUUGUGUGAUUUUUAAGUCGUAAAGUGAAUGGAAUUUAUCAUAUCACACCGACACUCUUCAGUCCUGCCCACUUAAUUAAAGUGAAUUAGUGAUGACUCGCCGUCGUGCAUGAAUCAUACAUCAAUAGUAGCCUAAUUUUACGCAUCACCCAUAGUAGCGACAGAAAUGAUUGACAAAAACAGCAUUCUGUCAAUAUUUUACAGAUCUCAAAAAAUUUCAAAAGUUAUGUUUUCAGGUAAGCUGAUGUCUUAUUAAGAGGAACCAAGCUCCCCUUGGCUCCCUUGCAGUUCCCACACUGACUUGUAGUGUCUCAUUCUAGAAUAGAUCCCGUCAUUCAGUCACUGCAAGGAGUAAUGCUUGCCUGGCUUCGUCUCAUGCAGGUUUUCUGAAGCCCAUCGCACAUGUUUUUCAAACCAAAGUAGUCGUGCUCAUACUCAAUGUUGCCACAUUUCACCAUUAUGAUGUCAAAAAAAAAAACCAAACAAUGACUGUAUUUUAGUGUUGUCUGAAAAUAACUGAAACAGCAUGCGGAGAUUUGUUCCUCUAGUGAAUACAAGAACUUUUGAUAGCUCCUUGAUGUAUAAUGUCAACCUGAACUUGUACAGUUAAAGGUUUAGGAAACUCUGGGAUAUUUUAAAUCGAUUUAACCUGUAGAGAAACGUGUAAGGAGUGACGUUCACGGUGCGUUGACUGGCCUGGGUUCAAUCACAGCUAGUCUUAAGCCUAAUCUUUGGUCUGCAACUUUUGCUGGCAUCACUUCUCUCAGUGCUCAAAAACCCCAGUAAGCGCACAACGCAGACUGUAUAAUCAUAAAAUGACUCCACAAUGUGGAUGUUACAGUUUGCUCUGACUUUAUGCCGUUUUUUUUUGGAAUGUACAUUUCCUGUUGUAGUGAAUGUCACCCAUCUUUGAAUGUUUUUUUUUACUGCUGCAACAGUGGGUGAGAGCAGUAACACAACCUCAAACGCCACUUUCAUUUUACAGAAGUACUGUAUCUAUUCAUAUUUGCUUUGUGUUGUUUUAAAAUAGAUCUGAAGAAUGUCAUAACUGUGAAUUAUUUGUUAAGUCAUAUCACAUUGUUGUGGCCAAUGCAAAUUACUUAGCACACUCUGAAUCAAUCAUUGUUGAAGUGAACAAAACAGGCAUUUGUUGUAAGUGCCUCUAUGAGGCCCCUCUAGGCUCUGAUGUCAAUUUAGGAUGCAAACUAGCUAGAUUUAACUAGCUAAACCUUUGAAGCAAUGCUUAAUAGGUCAGUGGUUAUUGUUGAAUAUGUACAGAUCUGUAUCUACACAUGUGAAUACAUUAAAGUCAUAUGGAAUUAACAUACCUAUGUAUAAUUUGUGGUAAAGUAUUUGGUUUUACCCUGCAAUGAAGUUUCAAACUUACCUUGCCACCCACAUGGAAGCAGAAUAUUAUAUAUUAGGUGUGUUUGUUUCUUAUUAGUAUUAUAUUGCACAGUGUCCACAUGAUAUGAUUAUAUUUCAUGCAUAUUAUUAAUAAUUCCGCUGUAAUGACAACGUCCAAGAAAUAUCCUGACUGCUCCUGUGUUAUUAUCUUGGACAAGAACUAGUGCUUCCUGGAGUAAAUGCUGUAUUUUAUUGAGUAUAAAUGUACAGUAAAUGUAAAUAUUUUAGAGGCUGUUGCUCUCGUGUUCUGAAGAGGCAUGUAUAAUGCAUGUACAGCUUUGAAAAAAAAUGCAAACUUCUACUGUAAGUACAGUCUUUGUUAUUGUGAGAAGAAGUGGAGACAAUAGUGUUUGAUCAGCUUUGAUGAUUUGCAGUGAGAAGACUGACACUAUUGUCUGUCACUAAGAUGAUGGCGAAGUUAAAUGGAUGCUGUAUAAUUAUCAUGUAAUUUACCAAAUUGAUGUAAUGUUGGGAGCACUGAAAAAAGCAGCUGUCAGUGCUCCUGUAGUAAAAUGCAUUGAUUGAAUAGGCUGAACUAUUUCUGUAAGUGGCUAAAAAAUGCACAUACAAGAAAAAUCCACGUGCACCUUUCACACGAAGCUCCCAAUUACAUGCAAGAUUUUUCAAAGUGCACUUAGAAUAAUAGUAGCUGAAGAGAAACUUGUGGUCACAGAGGCAUGUAUUUGGAGCUUUGGUGUUAAGGACAUCAAAAAACUCAGAGUUCUUUCUAACAUUUACAGAUAUGCACAUUAACCUCCUUUUACUGUAUUUGUACCACGUUGUAAAGAAAUGUUGGAGUAAGAAUGAUGCACAGUCCAAAUACUACUAACUUUGACAAGCAGUAUCAUCAGUCACUUGGCUAUUUUGAUUUACGGUUCUAGUGCGUUACGUGUAAUAAAUGCUAUGAUGCUGUUUUAUGAUAAUACUGAUCCCAGAACAAAGACUGGUUCAUGCCCAGACAAACAGUGGAAUUUUAAUAUCCAUUACUGCUAUACACAUAUAUACUGAGGAAGUUCUAGAAGUUAGAGGAAUUUAGAAAUCUGCAAUGAAGACAUUAACUUAUUUUGUGCAGUAAUAUUUACAAAUUUACAAAGAUUACAAAGAUUAAUAGUAUUUGCUUUAAUUUGACCAAAAACUAGCAUGUUUUCUAGUUAUCCCUCAUUAUGGGCCACUGGCAGAACUACAUGUACACACAUGAUUAAAUGCAUGAAGUUUAAGAGCUCUAAUGUGCAGCUGUCAUGUUAGAAAUUAGCUGCAUAGAGAGUCCACUGAGAGGUGAAAUAAAUAUAUUAACUAGCACGAGGGACAGUUUUGUACCAGCAUUCCUUUCUUGCAUCAUUGGCAGUUGCAGCAUUUAUUUACUGUAAUAAAUUUUAAUAUUUCUAAUAGUUCUCCAUUAUAACAACCUGUUCAUCUUGACUAAAGUAGUCAAAUCACAACUCAUGUAAGGUGAGAGCUUAAAGGACAGAGCCAGGUUAAAAAGAAAGUAGAUAACCGUAACUGUGAUAUUCAUUGUCUCUGAUUGGGAGUUUAGGUUUUGUCAAGCCAGCUAACGAACAAAAUCUGACUUUGUAGAACUUGCUUUGUAGUACAGGAGAAAGUGUAAGGAUUUACGGUGUUUGUAUCUAAUAAAUAGGGAACCACAGUGGAGUAGAUUAACAGGUGCCCAACAUUUACCGUACAUUUGGUCUUUGCAACUUUUGAACUGUGUCUUGCCAACAGCUUUUCUCAGCAGAAAGCAGCGCAUAUACAGUGGCCAGUGGCAGAAGAACGGAGUGAAACGAACGGAAAACUACACUAAAAGAGUUAAUACAGCUGCAACUAUGGAUAAUGUUUGUGUCGUUGGUUGAUGUUUGCUGGUGAGACCACAGUGGAAGGGUUUCAUCUCCCAGCAAAUAAAUGUAUGAUGUCAUCACAUGUGAUACAACGAUUGUUUGGUGUAAAUGUCGGAAAAGAAUUAGAAAUGCUCAACGUACUGAUGUAUGGAAGCAUUUUCUUGAAGUAGCACCUGUGAUGACAUCAUGUGACCUCCUGAAACUCCCUAAUUUGUAAUUCCAUGAAUAGCAGCGAGUACGUUUGUAUGUGUCCAUCUGUCCAAAAUGUGUUUUUCCAUGAGGUGUGUAUCAUUCUAAUGAAAAUGUCUGCACGCGCACACAUGCACACACACUAGUAAAUAACUAAUGCCCCUAUCGCCUUAUCUGGAUUGCUCUGAAAUGUUUUGUAUGAUCCCACCCCUAUAAAAUGAUGCUGUAUUGGUUGAGAGUUGGCAGUGUGGAGAGUGUGGUCAGUUGGCUGGCAGCUUGUGUCAUUCAGUCUGUUGUUUGUUUCUCUAAUAAUGUCAGCUACGAGUUUUAUUGUCACCAUUUCUUGAUUGUUGCUGUUCAGAAAUGUGCCGAACCUUGUGUGUGUGCAUAUCUACAUGAGAUAGACUAUUUCUGUAGCUGUAUCACAGUUGUUUAAACAUGUGCACUUUAUUCUGACACAGUUAACCUGCAGUUUACAGGUAAUGGUUAUCCCUGAUUAUUUCCAAAAUGUACAUAAUGUUAGUUACCCUAUGAAACUGUGUUGUGCAAAUUAAUUUACCUCAGUUUACAGGCCACAUUGGUUUAUAUCAGUUUCUAUAAAUCAAUCAAGAGACAAGUUCUUACUUGUAAUGUUACAAUCUUAAGUUCUAUUGUCACUGAAUAUGAUUUUCAUUUACAAAUCCUGUUUAUUCCCUGUGAAUUUAAUGGCUUUCUGUUCUUGUCUUCACAGUGUUAAGUUUCUAGCAUUCGCCUUCUCUCUAAUGAGGAGUCAGUAACCGGUAAACACAAAUUUGCGGCAGGAGCCACGUAAGCGGACAGGUGUGACACGGAUGGACAGUUUACAGGAGAUCUUUGGGGUGACAAGAGAGACCAGAGGUUAAUCAUGAGUUUAAAAAAAAAUCACAUGGUCUGCUCCUCACAUUGUUACCAAAGCAGCCUCUCGGAACUCCGACCACACUUUUCACAACUGUCUGACUGACCCUUUUUUCUUUUUCCUUUUUUCUUUUUCUUCCUGACUGAGCAUUGCACUGACACACUUUUUUGGGAGAGAAAAGGACUCCUGAUUUACACAUUCCAGAUGACAUCUCUCUUGACAACAUUAUAUUCGCCAUCUUGUUACGAUGACCAACUUCAGCGCCGUCUGCAGUGCUGAACAACUGAGCAACUUCACCGAGUUUUCUGAAAAAAAAAAGCUUCUUGUCUUCAACUGGACUGAAUGAACAAUGUAGCAUCUCUGCUAACAUAAUGUAGCAUUUGUUGGCUGGGAAAUAACUUGACUUCAAUCCAUCAACAGCUCAAAGAGAGAGGAACUUAUGCAUUCAAGGGAUCUUCUAGAUGUCAUUUUUUCCUCUUGGGUUCCUUUCCAGUAGAUAGCGAGUACAUGAGAGACAAAGGAUUGGUCUUACUCAUUAGAAAAUACUUGACAUUCCAAAAAGAAAAGAAAAAAGAUGCACAAACAUAUGAGAUUGAUCACAAAUGCACAGUAUUACAACCCCCAUACUAUAGUCCCUCAUUCAAUUAUAGCACUUGUAUAGUACGUUUGCCACUGAACCUAUGUCUUCCAUUCACUUCUAUCAGACUGAAACACUGCCCUCCUCACAAGAUAAUCAACAACAGCACAAACUUUGAACUAACGAAGCACAGCAAUGUAGCAUCAGCUCAAACAAGUCGCGUACGGCGUCACCUGAAACAGUCACAAACGAUGGAAAAAGACUUCCCUUUGUCUUUCAUGUACUGCUGCGGGCUCGACCCAAAAAAAUUCCAUGUGGGAUACCAAAGGUCCUGUAGCAUGCACUUGCUGAAUGACCUUCUGUAGUGUAUUGUAGAUUAGGAGAAAUAUUCCAUUCAGGGCGAGGUUUGUACUCACCCGUAUACUGCCCAUUGUCUUUAAGUCAUUCCUCGAAAAGAACUUUUAAACUGCCACUAACAUCCCAUCACUAUAUGCACAUUUAAAUAUGUUUUCCCAUGUCUGACUAGCACAGCGCUCAGUCAUGAGGAGCAAAAAGACUGACUCAAGGAGGCAAAACAAGCCCUAGAACCUCGUCGCUUGAGGGACAUUGACCUGCCUAAAAUAAAAAAAUAAAAACACCCCAACUACAAAGACUGUUUUUAGGUCACUGCCCAUUACCUGGAAAUUGUCUUAUUUUGAAAGGGACCAAUCAGAUGAGUAUUACCUUGCCCUGUAACACAAAAGGCCAACACUGCCAAUAAGGCACAAGAUGACUCCUCCAGAUACCUACUGCCCCAUCUCUCUCUUGUCCCGCUUGCUGCCAACGACUGCUUCAUCGGCAAGUCGACGUCAAGAAAAAGAUGGCCCGUCAGGGGGAGCCCACCGGGGUGUAAACGAGAAGAAACGGACCAAGAAGUAGAGCAAAACGUGGAAGUGUACAAAGAGAACAAAUCUAUAUUUUGAUAAACAAAUCCACAACAUUCUCCAUGACUUUGGAGGAGGAAGUUUUCUGAGCAGGAAAAAGGUUCGGAAUAGCAGGAAGGAGUUUAAAAAAAAAAAAAAGAUGCAAACGUGAAAAGAAUAUUUGGCAUCAUGAAAUGAAGUCAAAAUCCUAGAAAAAGAUGGAUAUUCUGUCACGAUGGGAGUGUGCAAAAAGCUGCUCGCCCUGAGAGCACUGGAAGAUUUUUUUUUUUGAGAGACUAUGAGCAAUGAGAGACUCUUGCCUUUGAAGACACGGGGAUGACAAAGGAUGGAUGCCGAGAUAAACAAAUGAAGAAAAAAAGAUAAUGCAUUUUUGUAACUUUGUUUACCAGCAUGACUACUUUGCAUGACUGUCUUUUCUGCAAGCCCUUAGUUGAAGACAAGGGUGCUAGAGAUACAAAAAAGUAUAUAUAAAAUGAAUUAAAAAAAUGUUAUAUGCAAUUAAUGUUUUAAAAAAGAUUAUAAUGAAAGAGAAGAGCUAUAUUUUGUUUUGAAAAGUAAAAAAAAUGUGAAUAUUGAAACAUGUAUGUUUGCAAAGUACACCCUGAACUAUGUUUUGUUCGAUGAAAUCUCUCUGCUACUACUGCCCUUACAUCCCUCAUUUCCAGUGUUUUUGGCCUCUGCCAUCAUUUUUUUAGUUUCCUAACGAGUCGGAUCAGUCGAUGUUUUUUAACUCUUGAAUCCACAGCGAUCAUUCGAGACUUUGCCUAUAGCAUCUGCGCAAAGGAUGUUUGUCGUUAAGUCCACGUUUUCCUCCUUGAAAUCAUUUGCACAACUUCCGUAGCAGCAGCAGCAGCAGUAGUUCGUAAACAACAGCUCUCCAUACCACAACUUGACAGCUUGAUUAGCACUCUUAGUUUUGCUUUUUUCUUUGGCAAUAAUACAAGAGUUGUCACAUGAUUGUAGCAGGUCAAAUGGAGAACCUCGAGUCCCUUCGAGCGUCUUCAAAAGCCUCAGUGUUUAAAAGAGAUUCAUAAAAAGGCCUUGGAUGAUCCCAUGGCAGGAUUUUGAAGGCAGUUCUGUUCCAUUACAAGUGUCCAAUAAGACUAGGAGAGAUAUAUUAGCGAAGAGAGAUUUCAGGUUUGCAUGGAACCAACUGCCAUUCCAAAGUCUGUGUGUGGUUUUAAGGACUCAGGUGUGUCGAUGGUGUGCGUGGAUGUAGGUGUUUUUUGCUAUUUCCUUUCUAACAUAAUAAAUUCUAGUAUAUAGACGAUGCGAUAAUGUGAACACCUCACAGUGACGUGUAAAAAACGCAUGCAUUAUGACUUGAUAAUCUCUCGAUGGGGGGGAAACAGAGUCUUGACAUAUCCCCUUUAGCCUCCUGUCAUUGUUUGUCAUGAAUCCAGUCCUGAUAACUUUAAACACUGUGCCGUGUCGUAGAGCAGAAACGUCUUCCUCCGAGAGGCAACCGAAAGCUACUCGCACUCGCAGUGUCAGCAUGAGUGUGUAGAGGUGGCUCGUCUUCGUUUACUUUUUUGGUUUUUUUAAGAUGGUCAGGUCUUUGUCGUUUUACCUUCGUCCAGCCGGCUAGUUGGCAGCUCAUUUUACAGCACACGACACAAGUCAUGUGAGCACCAAUCAAAGAGACCCAGAGCUUCCAAAAUGAUGUCAGAAAAGUUAGAAAGACAGGAUGAAGAAGUACCAGUGUCCACCAGGGGGAGGGAGAUAAUAGUCGAAUAAUAAAAUGUGAAAAGAAUCUCAGAGUUGAGUGCUCAUCCUUGGUUCCAAGUGAGUUUCAGGCCCUGCUGGUCCAGGGCUCAGCUCAGGCAGCUGAAUGGUCCUCCGUUCAUUCCUCGUUCAUCGCAGUCAGAGGCUCGCCAGAAUAAGAGGCUCUUCGGUGUGACGUAGACCGAUUCUGUUGAGUCUACGCUGGUUUUACAGGGUCUAGAACUUUUGUCUAAUCGCAAAAAUGGUCCAUGGGAUUUAGUUUUUUAGUCCCGUAUCUUUUUUAAAAACCCAACAAUUUCAGUUCCCGUUUUGGAAGGCAUUAAGCUACUGCGGCUUCUGAUGGUCAAAAGAUGUUUAUGAAUAUUUCAGAGGUUCUAGCGAUGGGGUGCACACUUGCAAAAACUUUGUGCUUCACCCAGCUGUCUUUUUUUUUUAUGGCCAAGUAGUGUCUUUUUUUUCCUUUCUUUCUUUCACUAUUGCAUUUGCUUCAUUCUCUACAUUGUGACUGCUCUGCCAAUGCCAGGCUGAAAAAAAAGAUGUCUUUCCUUUUUCCAAUGCAUAAUACUGCCAUUUGAUUUAGACACGAACAGAAUGAGUUACAAUGUCAAGAGUGCUAAGUCUGUUUUAUUUUUCUCAAGUCUGCAAUCUGUUCUAAAAUGUCAGACGAUUUCAUGUACAAACACUCACACAACCAAAAGAACAAAAAAAUGCUUUACAUGAUAAGUAGGUGCCACUAAUGACUAUUAUGUGCAGAUGUUUGAAAGGUGUCAUGUGGUCCUUGGAUGACACAUCCUCAAUGGCAUCCUGUUUAUUUUCCUUACAUGCCUGUUUCUGUUCAAUAUGGGGUUUUUUUUUGUUUUUUUUUUAAAUUUUUCUUAAAAAAAUUGAGGACACUGUAUGCAAUCCGCACCACGAAUGCCACUGAUUGACACUUACUGUAUUCUCCCUGAGACACAGAUGUUCUGUCAUCAGUUCAGAUGAUUGCAACCACAUGUGUAGUGGCUUUAUGGCUUUCCAUAGAGUGACUGAGCAAUCACAUUAAAAAAAAGAAAUAUUUUAUUUUACAAAUUGAUGAGACCAGAGUUGUUUUAGAGGAAAUGUUAACAUGCUGAAUAGAUUUUUCUAAUAUAUUAACAUAUUAUUUUAAUCAGAAAUAAUACGAUAAGCAACACAGAAGUCACACCGAUAUACAUACUAAUACUACUGUAAUAUUACUUACUAACACCAUGCAUUCACGUAAGCAUCCCAAAGAUAAACAGCCCUAUGUUCAUUUAACAUGUUAUCAAAUUGUAUAAAACAGACUUAAGUACUAGUCCAUUGUACUGCGGUCUUAGUAGGAGAGUGAAUGGGGAGAGGAGGUGGUCACUGGAGUAUCUGGUUGUGACUUAUGCCGGAUUUUAUUUUUGAAAUGUUGGAACACAAAGAACAAACUCAUCAAGAACUGUAUAAAGUAUAUUUCAAUGGAAUGUUCAUGAUCUAUCUUUUUAUAUUUUGAAGAAAAAAUAGAAACAUAUCAAUCAAGUGUCAUAAUUGAACAUAUUUCUACUAUUGAGACUUAAAAAUGUAUGAAUGUCAAUGCGAUCUAAUGUGAAACCAAUCUCCAUAGCAGCUUGAAUGAAUAACUGAUUAACAAAUCGUGAGAUGCUUUUUCAGAGACAUUAAAAAUUGCUUAAAAUCAUUAAAAUCAACUUAAAAUAAAUGAAAAAGUAACAUCAA